AUGGAGAAUGAGACUGUUAAUGAUUUAGAGUAUCCCCAUCUUGCGAUUGUUGUUGAUAUUCCUCUCCCCGAUUCAACACGAGCCUCAGAUCUGAUCACUUCUGCCCAAAAUGAACUAGCUGAUGCUUACUUAGAAGGAAGUAGUGUCGAUGCUGACCUCGAGGUGGAAGAGGCAGAUUUGGAUGAAGUACUUGAAACAAUCCCCAUAGAUAUUAAAACUAGUACUAAAGAUAGAAGUAGUGUCGAUGCUGACCUCGAGGUGGAAGAGGCAGAUUUGGGUGAAGUACUUGAAACAAUCCCCAUAGAUAUUAAAACUAGUACUAAAGAUAGUGAAAGUGGCGAAGAGAGACUUGGAGAGGUAGAGGAGCUACAGGAAGAUGCAAUAGACGGGGUAACGGGCUCGUCAGAUUUGAUAGAAUUGAGUCAAACUUUAUAUGACAAACACCAUGAUGGAGAGGAAGAGGUCGCGAUAACUUUUGAGGUUGAAGAUGUAGAUGAUGAAGACAACCAGAAUGAGGUAGAAGUAGAUCAGGCUAACGAAGAUGAUGAUUUACAUGACGUUGCUGAGGACGAGAGGAUUGGUGUGGAUGAAGAGGAUGAGAAUGAAGUAGAGGAUGACGAAGAAGAUGAAGACGAUGUAGAAGAGGAAGAAGAAGUAGAGGUAGAAGAUGAUCCAGUUGAGGAUGAUGACGAUGAAGUUGAGGAGGAAGAAACUGAACACCAAGAUUAUCGACGGCGAGCUGCUUUUCAUCCUAUGCAACUCAGGAAGUCCUUCGUCCAGCAAUCUGAUUGGCCUAGACCCGCAAUAACUGAAGUGAUUGAACUAAGCAGCGAUUCAGAAUGCGCUGAUGAUCCAGCUCUAUCUGACGAGGCAGUUUCUACAGAUGGCGAUUCAGAAUGCGCUGAUGAUCCAGCUCUAUCUGACGAGGCAGUUUCUACAGAUGGUCAGGACUCAGGUAGCCAGACCGCCGACGAACCUUUGCCCCCAAUUACUUCUACACUCUCAUCUCAAUCACAUUCUAGCAGUCCGCAAACAAUUGCAGAAGCUGAUGGACAGCCAGUUGUUAUCACGCAAGAAACGCAUAUGCCAGAGCAUUGUGUUUCCGCCUCUAUAGAUGACAUUGACAGCGAGCCUGAUGCUUCUGGGAUCGCACCACUGUGCAUAGAUGUCACUGAGUCAACAAUGAAGACAAAAGAGCUUUCUGACAGUAAUUCUAAUGCCUUGUCCAAUGACCCUAUCUUUAAUGCUCCUGGCCCGGAUUGCCCUUCAUCCUUCCAUAAAUCUGGUACUCUCUCUAUGAACACAUCCACUGGGUGUCUCUCUCUGGCCACAGCAUCGUCAAUGUCUCGGCCCUUUUCAGGACUUACUACUACUUCCGCUUCGGAAACAGCUCUUGCCGUUAUCCAUUCGAUAGACGAAUCCUCUACAGGUAUUGUGGUUACAGCGCCUAGUAUUGAGUCAGGUCUCGAAAUUUCUUCAACAGGGUCCUCAAGCUCAGCAUUUGGUUUUGAAAGCAAGCCGCUGGUCUCGUUAUCCUCUGCUCCAAACAGUAGUGUCACAACAACCAGUUCAACUAGCUCUAUCCUCACUCAAGGGCAGACUGAGUCAGGUUGGUUUGGCCAUUUUCUUUAG